AUGCAGAACGAGUUGCCAAAAAUACACAUAAAGUCUUUUACUGGUGACUACAAGGAGUGGCCAGCAUUCAAGAACAUCUUCGAGAGCACGACUUACAGCAAGCAGCAUUUGACAGCGAUACAAAAGUUUCACUACUUAAACGGGAGAAACUACAUUACGGGAGAAGCAGCUGAGUUGAUACGUCAUAUGUCAAUUGCGGAUGCAGCUUACGAGUCUGCUUGGAAUUGCAUGAUUAAGCGCUAUAACAGAUUACGUCACAUUGUAAACAGUCUGCUGGAUACUUUUGUAAACUUACCUUCGACAUCCAGAGCAGAUGUAUCAAUACUGCCCAAAGUAACAGUCGGAGCUACAGAGAUUGUACGCGGCUUGGAUGCAGCAGGGCAAAUAAGCAGGGACUGCUGGGUAAUUCAUUUCAUUCUGGCCAAGAUUCACACUGAAACUCGACGCAAGUGGAUUGAGGACAGCCGUGAACUGGAAUCGCCGACUGUGGACGAUCUACUCAAGUUUUUAGACCGCCGCUGCGAGGAAAUUGAGCUCAGCAAAAGUGAGCCUGACAAAGUCUUCCAAGUUGGCUCUCAGCAAAACACAGCUAAGCGAUCGUCACACGCCUUGGUAUCAACGGAGGAAGGUGCUUGUGUUAAAUGUAACUCCAAGGAGCACAAUAUCUUUAUCUGCCCAAAGUUUAUGGACUUAUCAGUCGAGCAGAGACGCACUUUUGUCAAAGCUAAAUCCUUGUGCUUUAAUUGCUUGAAGUUCGGGCAUGUGUCACGCAGGUGUGAAUCCAAAUUCACAUGCAGAAUUUGUCACAAUCGUCACCACUCUCUACUACACGUAGAAGAUUCUACUGCACACGCCGCUGUAACCAGGACACAUUCAAGGGAUAUGGAGCAGCGCGACCUCGGCGCUCCAGAGGAUGCAACGGUGACCAUCAGCAACAUUGCUCGUGUACAAGACACUCCAUGCGCUGAAUCUUCGUACAACGGAUCAGCUGCUACUACACAGCCACAAGGGUUACGGAAAAGCGCAUUGCCCACAGCUCUAGUACUCGUUUGCAACGCCAAAGGAUCACACACUUCCUGUCGGGUGCUUUUGGACAGUGGUUCGGAACUGUCAUACUUCUCCGAGCGAUGCGUGCAGGCGCGCUUGCCAUCACGAAUUUUGGUGUCGGAAAUUUCUUCGAUCAAGGCUGAGACAACUAGAGGCUGCAGCGCACUGGAUAUUCAGUCAAGAAUAUCAGAACACACAAUGAAGGUACGUGCCCACGUACUCAGCAAAAUUACCUCCACGUUGGCAAGACACAAUAUCAACGUCUCAGCACUUAAGACGUUCGAUGGCUUGGAGCUUGCAUAUUCUGACUACCAAUCGUUGGCGCCAGUAGAUAUUGAUUACGUUUGGACCGUAUUCACUGAUAAAAAGCUGUUCGACAGCCAGGGACAGAUCAUCGCCAUUUCGACCAUAUUUGGAUGGGUACUUCGAUCGUGA